CCGCUGGUGCUGUCUCAGGAGCCGUGGUGCUGAAAGUGCGCUGCUGUCAUGUGGUCGGUUUUGUUCUUGUUCCUGUUUUACUUAGACGGAAACUUUGCCAAAGCCGAACUUUCCGCUUUAGACUCGGAAAAAGAGAGCAAUGUUUCAUAUUUUCUGCUCAAUACGACCUCAUGUGCGGGCUCUUCGGCGUGUCCUGUAGGACUGAGUUCUCAGAAAGCCAGCGAUGCGAAGUCAAAGACUGUAGGACAAGCGACUGGGGACAAAAUGCACCCUGCAAGUGACAUUCACACUUUGCAGAGAUCCAAACGGGGCUUUACUUAUCCUGGAACUUUGUGGUGUGGAGCAGGAAACAUCGCCGAUAACUACGAUCAAUUAGGGGAGUUUGCUGAGACAGACGAAUGCUGCCGUACACAUGACCAAUGUCCCCAUGUCAUCCAUGCCUUUUCUUCGAAAUAUGGCUUCACCAACUUCAAGUGGCAUUCUAUUUCACAUUGUGACUGCGACAAUGCAAUGAAGCAGUGUCUAAGGACUGUUAAUGACACUUCCUCACGGGUGGUUGGCCAGGCUUUUUUUAACGUGAUUGAAGUUCCUUGUUUUGAAUUUUCCCUUGAGGAGCAGUGUGUUGAGCGGCACUGGUAUGGAUUGUGUAAGAGGUAUGACAAAGUGCCUGUUGCAGUAAUUAGAGAGUCAGUCGCCUAUGAUUUUGGCGGCAUUGAAGUUAUCGAUGUGCUGACCAGAGCACCUUCUAAAAUAAAAUUAUCUGAAACAGACAAAGGUAAGAAAGAAGAAAUAAACAGCUCAGAAAGCACCACACAGUCAAGUGCCUCAGGAUCCAAAAACUCUGCCCCAGAAGAGCCUUCACUUACAAAUGUUGUCACAACAGCGGAGGACUUUAUUAAAAUACUUGCUACAGUUUCUACUUCACAGAGCUCAUCUACUGAUGGUGGAAACACAGGUGACACACAAGUCUCAGACAAGAAGAAGAAGAAGAAGAAUGCAGACAAAAAGAAAAAAGACUCAAAAAAGAGACAAGGAAAGGGGAAGGGGAAAAGGAGGAAACAGAUUACAGACAUAGUAUCAAAAGCUAAUGGGAGUGUCACUGGGGCUCCAUCUGUUAAUAGAGCAGAGGAUGUGAUCAAGAAGAAUAAUUUUGUCGAAGACACUGGGAUUUUUGACUCGGCUAACAAGAAUGACAACCUAAUGAACAGUCAAUUCGGUUCUGUGGGAGACAUUGAGCACUCCAAUAAGAUGAUGAGAGAUGAGCAUCAGAGGACACCUGUUGAAAGACAAGUGGACACCAUGAUUGCACCAGAUGCAAAGCAAGAGGCCAAAAUGCUAGAACCACAAAAGCAAAUCAAACAUAUGGAAUUUGUUCAACUGUUCUCAACAGAAUCAUCGACUAUCACCAGCAAACCUACAACUGCUAUACCAAGACAAAGAGUGGCAAAACAUCCAACUCCAACUUUGCUCUCUGUAAAAGGCACAAUACACAAUAUGAUUGCAGAUAACACCAAAGUAAGUACAACUAAAAGCACUAGCUUAGCUGGUCUGACAACACACACUAACAUCAGUCUACCAGGGGAGGAGGCACCACACAAUGUUGAGUCCCAGCAUGAAAAAGGAUCUGCGUUUAAUGCCACCACACAGAAUACACCCAUUGUUGGAACCAAAAAGCUGAGGUUGAGGCAAAAAGGGGGGAGGAGGAAAAGUCGGAAGCUGUAUAGCCCUUCCUCCCCCACAGACUUAAAAACAGAAGAUCCAAAAGUUCUCCCAAAUGACACAACUCAGGAGCUGACUGUUGAUCUAUUCCCAGAACCGGCAUCACAGAGGCUACAGACUAAUGAACCAAAAGACAUUACAGAAAAACCUACAGCAGGUUUGUCUGGUGAAAAUCAACUUAAAACAUUAAAGGGCAUUAGGAUCAGAAAGAGAGCUAGACAACCAAAACCCAUGUCAUCCAUUCUGGAGGAUGCCAAUAAGGCUAGGCAUGAAACCAUAGCAAUCCUUGUUACCAAUUCCUCAACGGGUUCAGCUUUUACUGAUCUGGCUGGUCUGACAAAGGAUGCUGGGAGAAGCACUGUGCAGCUUUUAUCUUCUACACUACAGACUAUCACUCCAUCUAUGCCACCUCUCAAAACCCGAACAUCCAAGAGAAGAAGAUCAAAGGAGAUGGAUGACAAAAAUAGAAGAAAAAACAAAGGCACAAAAACCUUGGUUUAAAUACCUGGAACAAAAUCAGUGGGAUGGUUUCUUAUUAGUUAGCCUGUGUCUUCAUUAUCAAAUUUGUUGGUACAAUAAGAAGGAUUCAAAGCAUACACUUUUGUAAAACUCAGUGAUGGCUAAAGCCUAUAUUCAACGCUGUCAUUAAAUAAAGUUCGAAAAACUCAA